ACGGAAACCAUAGAGAUGACUUCGAGAGAGAGCGGUCCGGAGACACAAAGGAAGCGGAACCGGGGCCUGGGGAGAGCUCCUCCUAAUGGUGACCUACAGCUCUACACACUAAGCUCCGCCCCUGAAGACUUGGGGCCCAGAGCUUCGCACAUUACCAAGGACAUGCUCCCGGGGCCCUAUCCCAAGACCCCAGAAGAACGGGCCGCCGCCGCCAAGAAGUAUAAUAUGCGAGUAGAAGACUACCAACCGUACCCUGAUGAUGGCAUGGGAUAUGGGGACUACCCAAAGCUCCCUGACCGCUCACAGCAGGAGAGGGAUCCAUGGUAUGACUGGGACCACCAAGACCUGAGGUUGAACUGGGGUGAGCCGAUGCACUGGGACCUUGACAUGUAUAUCAGGAACCGUGUGGACACAUCCCCUACACCUGUUUCCUGGAAUCUCAUGUGUAAGCACCUCUUCGGCUUCGUGGCCUUCAUGCUGUUCAUGUUUUGGGUUGGGGAGACUUACCCCACCUACCAGCCUGUGGGGCCAAAGCAGUAUCCUUAUAACAAUCUGUACCUGGAAAGAGGCGGCGAUCCCACCAAAGAGCCUGAGCCGGUGGUUCAUUAUGAGAUCUGAGACGGCUUCAUCGGCUUUGUGUCCCCUGACUUCCUCAUUUCUAGAGAUUUAACCUUAAUGAAAUCCCUAAUAAAACGUAGUGCUGUGGUA